CCAUAAUUCCGCGUUACCGGAAGCGUUCCGGAAGCCUGUGCUGUCUAUGCGGAACUGAUGAAGAGAGUAAAUAAAAAACCACUGGCAACUUGCGCUUCUUCUCAACACAGGAUUUGAAAGCUGCGAAAAUGACAAACGUGUACUCUUUCGACGGCAUUCUUGUAUUCGGGCUUCUCUUCAUUUGCACGUGUGCUUACCUGAAGAAGGUCCCUCGUCUGAACAGCUGGCUCUUGUCUGAGAAGAAAGGCGUCUGGGGAGUCUUUUACAAAGCUGCAGUGAUCGGCACACGGCUCCACAUCGCUGUGGCGGCGUCCUGUAUGUGUAUGGGGUUUUACCUGAUUUUUCUGAAAUGACCCGGAUGAAUUGGUCUCUUUGGACACUGGACUGAACGCCAAUAGAAAUGAGUGCUGGCGAGUAUCGCCGGCUCCUGGAGAAGAUGCACAGAGAGCCGACUCCACCCGCGGUUUAGCACCGAUUUAAGACCUGCUUUCCAUUUUUGUAAAUGUUUAACUUAAGAUUAGAUUUCGGGUAAAUUCGGUCUUGGAUCAGGGUUAAACGGUAACUGAAGCACCUAUUUAUGGAUUCAAACUUCACAUCUUUUUCUUGUGUUGUUCUCUCAAACAUGCACACUUUUUGCUUGGGCUUAGAGGGAUACUGUAAAGGCGGCAGAAACUAUGUUAUCUUGUACAAUUUUUGAAUAUAAGUUGUUUUUAUAAAAACGCCAUUUACCGAGAGCUUCAAUAUUUUAGGUUUUGGCAUCAUGAAUGGCUAAUGUCAUUAUUCAAAUUACCCCUAAUGUUUAUAAUAAACAUACAAGAGCUAUUGUUUGCAGCAUGGAAAAAUUCACAAACGUUUUCCAUAGACUUCAUGGAAACUUUCAUGUUAAAAUAGGCAAACUAGUAAUGCUUGUACAACUUGUGCAACAUUAUUUUUUGAUACCACAUAUGUGCUGGAAUAUUAUAAUGUAUGUAAAGCAAACCCUAUUGACCUACACCAUGUGAUAUCUUUGUAAAGACGUAUCUGUUUGUUUCAGUUUGAUAAAUACACUGCUAACCUGGCUCACAUAAAACCACAAUAAACAUAUGGACAUGCUUUCAUGUUAUAUGUGGAUAAAAAUUAAAAUCGCAAUAGGGAAAUACACUACAAGUUGGAUCUUAAAUAUAUUCGUAUGAGGGUUUCAGCUUGCUAGCUGUUUAUUAACCAUGCUAAUUUCACUUUUUCAACACUUAAGUCAAGAAUGAACAUAGGAAGUUUCUGCAGUGCAGUCGCGGGAUCCUAAAUGUAUGGACUCCCUUGUGUUGAUUACACGGCACAAAUGUGUACAUGCCAAGAUGUUCUUUUGUAUUUAUGCAUUCAAAUGUAUAUCCUAAAGCGUAUCUGAACCUAUCAUCAACUCUUCAUGUGCAAAAGUCAACAUUUUAAGUAAAACGUUUCGUUUAGCCUGUAAAUGUACACAGUAAUGCUCUAAAACUGCUCUAUAGAAAAUGAUAACUGUUGGGUGUUCAUAUUUGUAAACAUGGAACAUAAUAAAUAUUUGAUAUAAAAUCCUAUGCAACACAA